AUGCGCGAUUGUUCAUUCAAAAAAGCGGUUUUUCGUUACAAGGAAAUGUUACCUUCACGCGUCGCCUUCAUUCUGAUUGAGAUUGCUCUACUUGCCACCUGUUGCUCUAGUAGUCUUUCUGGACAUCUAAAACAGCAAGAAAACGAAAUUUCAUCAGUCUCGAUACUCAUUGACGACACUCCUACCAGUUCUGAUGUUGUCUACAUUUCAACACUCACAAACGCUACGUUCGAGGCUCACAUUAACAACAGCGCCAAAGAGUCCUACCAUUGGGAAAUCACACUUUACGACGGAAAGACAAUUUCUGCCAACACUCAACAGGUAUUCGUCCUGUUAAAAAGAGCUGGAUCCUAUUUCUUGUCUGUGACAGUCAGCAACUCUAUUAGCAAAGCCUCGGCGUCCGUACACGUGCGGGCAGAGGAUACCAUCUCUGGCCUUGCAAUAAGGUCGUCCAAAACGCACAUUGCCGUCAACGAAACGAUCGCAUUUACAGCACACGUCGUGAGUGGUUCAAGUUUCGUUUUGAAUUGGACGUUUACUCAUGAAAGCGGUCGGUCGGAUAACUACUAUCCCGUAAAAACGAGAUCAGUGGAGUACAGAUUUACUGACGUUGGUAUGUACGUUAUCGAGUUAGAGGCGAAAAAUAAUGUCAGCAGAGAAAACAUUGAAAACACAAUCGAAGCUAUGAUCGUAGUUUCUAAUCUCCACAUUAUUCAUAACGAACAAGCAGUCGACAACAGUCAGCUAAUGCUCGUGAAAGACACGCCAAUCAAACUGACAGCUGAAAUAAUGGGAUCAAAUCCUGUUUUCUUGUGGAUCUUGCGCAAUGGCAGCAGCCAGUUCGAAGGGAGUCGCUCUUGCGACCCGAGCAGUGCAAUAGGAAGCAAGAAGACGUUAUCUUUACGCUUUUCUACUAUUGGCUUGCGGCAGGUUAUGAUGUGCUCGACUAAUCUCGUCAAUCCCGGUCCCAUUCUUGUCGCACACGUUGCCUUGCUCAUCUAUAUUCCCAUUGAAAAUGAAAUUUUGUCGGUGUCGCCGUCGACAACCGUCGUCAAAAAUAGCAGCGUCGAUUUCGUUAUGAAAGUGACCGGUGGAUCGUCCGUCAUCUCGUACAAUUGGACGAUAAGCGAAGCGUCUGGUUCCAAUGUGGCGGCGGUCACAACCAAGAGCAACGUGUUGAGCUUCCGUUUCGAACGCGAGGGCAAGUACGUAGUAACUGUUGUACCGUUCGACGAUCUCCUCGACGGUAAGAAGCAAGAGGCUGCCGUCUACGUGCAAUCCCUUCUCUGCCCACCUCCAGUGCUGACGGUGGUAACGCUACCUCUAGUGCAAGAGAGGAUCCGCUCAAAAUCGUUUCGUCUCGAGGUUUCUGCAAUACCGAGCUGCACCAUGUUUAGAAUACGUUACUCCUGGAUUGUUUAUCGUAAAGAAACGAAUGAUGUCUGUCCGGUAAAAGCUUCAAAGUCAAGUGGAGUAAGUACAAACGAGAUUAAUACUGACAAUCGUAUCCUUACCGUUCCGAAAAACUACCUUCAACUGGGAGUCUACUGUUUUCGAUUUGAAGCCUCCGUUGGCUCUGCUUCGAGCUCAGAAACGUUCGUCGUAUCUGUCACAGAAUCCAAGCUAGUGGCGGUAAUUAAGGGUGGGCACCUGCGACUGAUCGGUGUUCAACAGCAACUAACUGUAGAUGGAAGUGACUCGUACGACCCGGAUAACAGAAUUGAAACAGAGCAGUCCAAACAAGAAAACAAUCUCUUGUAUGUAUGGUACUGUAAUUCUACUGUCACAUCAAACCACGGCUGCCAGAUAGUAGAAGACUCCAGCCUAUUCGAGAGAGGUUACGGUUGCUUCAUGGAUGACAGUGUAGACACAUCUGUCGUAACUACAGAAGGGAACACUCUACAACUCGGUAGAACGUACUUGUUCUUGCUGAAAGUAACGACAGGAACAAGAAUCUCUACGGCAUGGCAACAGGUGUGUGUUACCAAAAACAAACAACUGAAUGCCCCACUCAUCGACUGCUUGUCGUGUGAACGGUACGGCACAGAACGGUUCAUCUCUAGCACAACAACGGAACUGGUCGUCGAGUGUUCGGAGGAAAGCAAUUGCCAAGAUUUGUCAGUCCGUUGGCGAUUGUAUAACGUGACCGACAACGAGAAACCAGAGGAAGUAAUACUCGACGAUAAAAAGACUCCGACGGGAACUAGACGUCGCAAUCUAGUAGUGUAUCCUAAUGUGCUCGACAGCAGCACCGUCUACCGUUUCGAAUUGACUGUCACGGAAAGCAAUCGAGAUGAAGAUGAUUUUGGUUUUGCGAGUUUUACCCUCCCACCUAACAGCCCGCCUAAGAACGGCUCCUGCAGCAUUAGUCCUCAACGAGGGAUCACCCUGUCGACGCAGUUUACGUUCAGCUGUAGUCGUUGGAUUGACGACGAUCUCCCAUUAGAGUAUCAGUUUAGUACUGGACGCCACAUGGACGCGUCACGUCGUGAUCGAGUUAUCAUCUACCGAGGUUUCCAAAAUCGAUACGUUGCCGAUUCCCUGCCCGCGGGAAGUGCGAACAAUAACUACACAAUUUAUGUAUUUGCGAAAGUUUCUGAUCGAUUCGGAGGAGAGACAGAAGUAGAGAUACAACCACUAGUUGUCGAGCCGCUGCCGGAUACUUCAAACACGACUGCCUUUGAAGAGAUCGCACUGAACGCACUGACGAGAGUAGAAACCGAGUUUGGUAACGACCCACAGAGAGUAACCGAGACGUGUGGAUCCAUAAUGCAGUCGGUCAAUGCGGUAGAUGGUGAAACCAAAGAUGAUACGACAAGACGAGCUCGACUGCGCCAAACUUGCAUAGAAAAAAUGAACGAACAACCAGUCGAGUCUGCUGGCGAUGCAGAACGCAUUCUUUCCGUUUUAGUCGAAACAACGACCAACCCUGCUGAGAUCAGAGUCAGGGCAGUACAAAAAGUUGCGCUCAACACACUACAAAGAAUCGUUGCAGCCGUCGAUACGGUAGACGAUAUCAAUGAGACAGACAGCACAGCUAUUCAAAACAUGCGAGUCGUUUCUAAUUUGAUCACGGCAAGCUUAGUGAGCACUGACAACAAAGACGAGAGUUCGUACGUGAAAGUAGACGAGGCUGACGUGAGCGAUGUAAAAGAACUGAGCAUAAAUUUAGUCCGUCAGGUGCAAAAUCUAGGGACAAUACUGGCGGCAAAUCGCGUUGUUGGCGAAAGACCGUCCAUCGUCGAGACUCCGCAGGUUACUUUAGUAACAUCAAAAUCUGAAGCCGGACAAGUGGUUGGCAACACUCUUUCUCUUCUGUACAAAGACAUCGGCUUUGAACUGGGUGAUGGAUUUGGAAACAAGUUAAGAAACUUCAGCAAUUCGUCAGAAGUUCUACAGAGUGUGUAUAAUUUCGACAGCAAUCCUUACUAUUACAGUCCGUCGUCGAAGAGAAUCAAUACGAAGGUAGUAGGUUUGGAGUUUAGAACGACCGAUAAAGAGGAGAUUAAGAUCGACGACUUACCGGACGAUAGUCAGGUGCUCGUUCGUAUCCCUCGAUCUAUUGACGCCAACUUUACGUCAACAGAGGCGACCGUCGUAUCGAGCAAAUACACAUUUCUCCAGUUCAAUUUUUCCGAGUUGUGGAGUGACGGAGCUGCCAGCAUCGAGGUGACUCUUCUCGGUUCUUACAGGACGGAGGACGACAGAAUUAGAGAUAAGAGUGAGGAGCCCAAGGGAGUCGCAGUAUAUUUUAUGCAACACGAAGGACCUACGGAUUCAGAUGUGACAGAAGAAUAUCAUCAGUUCAACCUAACAUUAGAUAUGUUUACUAAUACAUCGUCGAACGUCCCUCACAAAAACUACACAAUCUUUUUGUUGGCCAGUUCUGUCAACGAGAGUACUAACCAAUUCGUCGGUCUCAAGAGUCUUCAUUCCCAAUUCGCUUUUAACGUGUCUGUCCGCAUCUUCUUUUCUGUUUGUCUGUCUUGGGAUGAAAAGGAGCAAUCGUAUUUAUCGUACGGAUGUCGACCAACGGAUCUCACAACGUCUGUCAACCUUGUGUGUCGCUGCAAUCACUUGACGUCGUUUGCUGGUGGCAUGUUUCCGGCUCCCAAUCCAAUAGACUUUUCUGUGUUUCUCUCAUUGGAUAUUGCUUCCAAUCCUGUCGCUUUGGUGACUCUGAUAAUAGUGUAUGUGAUCUACGUCGUUGCUGUAGUAUUUGCAAGACGAGCCGAUCUAAAAGACGAGCGAUUUGUCAAGGAAAUACCAUUCUGUGGUCCGAACGGAAGCUUUCAAUACGAGAUUUCUGUUCAGACAGGAUAUUGGUUUGGUUCAGGCACGACAGCUAACGUUGGUAUCGUUCUCUACGGUAAUGAGAACGUUUCUGGAAAGAGACAUUUGUACCGACCGAGUGCGUUUCGUCGAAGUUCUCUCGAUGUUUUCCAAAUUGCUUUUGACGAUCGUCUUGAUCAAAUCGAGAAAAUUCGUGUUUGGCACGAUAACUCUGGCAGUUCUCCGUCAUGGAAUCUUAAUCGUAUUCACGUCAAAGACAUGCAAACAGGACAAGUUUUCUACUUCGUCAUCAAUGAAUGGUUGUCUGUUGAUUCGGAUAGCGGUCUGUUGGCCUUGGAGAUACCGCAGGCUACGACUAACGACCUCAAAAAGUUUUCCAGCAUCUUCCCUAGUCAAACGAGCUACGGAUUUUCUGAAAAACAUCUUUGGUUCUCUGUUGUAGAGAGACCAGCUCGCAGCACGUUUACUCGCGUGCAGCGAGUCACUUGCUGUCUGUGUCUCUUCAUCAGCUUCGUAACAGCGAGCGCAAUGUGGUACGGAGUAACGCCGGAAGGAAAAACUGAUCUCGAUUUGGGAUUUACGUCAAUAUCUUAUCAGCAAAUUGGAAUCAGCAUCAUGGCUACAGCUGUAACAUUCCCUCUCAACAUAAUAUGGAUCACCAUGUUCCGAAAAUCCAAGAGAAAAAACAUUUCCUGCUUCGCAAAAAGAAAUUUAGAAAAUAAACAUGAGCAUGUGGAGAACGUGAAGACUGUUAUGUCGCAUCACGAUACCGCACCACACAGUCCUCACCUCGCUACCCCCGACGAUCUCUCACGAGUGAGACAGGAUGCGGAAGAUCACAAUCUAGAGGAGCUCGAUGUCGACGCAAGCAAAAUCGUUGCUCCACCAUCAUCCACUAGAUCCUUUACUGCUGAUGUCGGUUCAACCGAUGAGACAGAAGCACCAAUACAAACAUCAAAACCAGAGCCUUCUACGGCCAACAAACGGCAGUUUGAACUACCUCAUUUCUUCGUCUACGUUGCCUAUUUCGGAUGUUUCGCUACUUGCGCAGCAGGGUCGGUGGUAAUAAUGAUAUACGGACAGCAGUUUGGACGGAUCAAGGCAUUUCGAUGGCUCGUCACGAUGCUCUUGUCUUUUGUUGAAUCCGUCUUCGUCUUCGAACCGGUCAAGGUGUUUGUUAUAGCAGCGCUCGUGGCGUUGCUGAUCAAGCCCAAAGACGUCCUAGAAACCACUACCGCAUACGAUGUGCAAGUCAAGCCAGUCGAAGGAGUAGAGAUAGAAAAUGUGAGAGCUCUCACCGAACAAGACCGAGAUGCGGCUCGGCAGCGUCAACAAAAGCAGCAACACAUGAUCAAAGUGAUCUGGGAAAUCGGUCUCUAUUUUAUCUUCCUUUGGCUUGUGGUCGUCAUUGCAUACACCGAUCGGGACGAACGUGCGUUCUUGAUGACAAAGGCGUCGGAAGAAACGUUCGACGUAAAAGGAUCUUUCAGUGACAUCAACACAGCCGAUCAUUUCUUCCAAUGGGCUAACACGACACUCCUCGAAGGCCUCUACUGGGAGAGAUGGUACAAUGGUAGUCCAGUCCGUCACCCAGGAUUUACUAGGAAUAAUAUUGGCAAAGUGCUAGGCGGAGUUAGAUUAAGACAAGUUAGAGUCCAAAAAGAUUCCUGCAACGUAGUUGGAAUAUUUACUGAUCAAAUUAGCGAGUGCUACUCGCAGGGAAACAAUGAAAACGACCACAGUAACUAUGGUGUCGGAUGGACUGACAGCUCAAACAUGAGCGACGCGUCGUGGAGAUGGAGCAGCAGCUCGGAUUUGGAUGGAGUUCCGUAUUGGGGUCGUUUGGGUGUUUACUCUGGUGACGGUUACGUGCACGAUCUCGGCCUUACGAGUCUUCAAGCCAGAACGGUGGUAACGAGGUUACGUGAUAAUCUUUGGAUUGAUCGUCGAACACGAGCGGUCUUUGUUGAAUUGACAUUAUAUAAUGCCAACGUCAACUUGUUCGAGUCCGUCACGUUCUUGAUUGAGUUUCCUGCCACAGGUGGAGCAAUCCCGUCUCAUCAGUUUCUUUCCAUCAGACUGAUCAGAUACGUCAGCUCACUAGACAAUGUCAAGUUGGCUUGCGAGAUCAUGUUUAUUUUCUUCAUUCUUCUGUACACGUUUCGUUUGUUCAAAGAAGCAAAGCAGACUGGAAUAAAGAUUUACAUCAAGUACUUUUGGACUUGGAUAGAGAUUCCCUUCUUGUGCCUGUCUUAUGCGGCAAUCAUCUACGCUAUCUAUCGCAUUGUGGCCAUCAGGCAGCUUCUCAGUGCGUAUAGCAGUUCACCUAACACGUUCACAAAUUUCUACCGAACCGUCCUUUUGAGCCUCGCAAUGCAGUACGUCCUCGCCUUCCUCGGAUUCCUUGUGUCUAUAAAGGUUCUCAAAUUAUUUCGUUUCAAUCGAAGGAUGACAAUGCUAGGAAUGAUCAUGAAAAUCUCUGCUUGGGAACUCUUGUCAAUAAUUUUCUUCUUGAUUGCUCUGUUGUGGACAUUUUCACAGCUUGGAUAUUUGGCAAGCAAACUGCAAAAGCAUAAUGGUUGA